GCAUUGAAUGUACAGCGGUUAAAAAUCGUUUUCUUUAUAUUUGCCUGUUUUAAUGACGAUAUUACUGUUUGUAGUGAUUGAUGCGAUGGGGAAACCCCCUAGUGGUAUUAUGGACUUUCAUAUUCAUUGGAUCGGGGAAUGGAGUGAAUGCAUUGACGUGCAGGCAAUCGAGUACCAGAACCCUGUAAAUAAAACGGGGCCAAGUCACCCUUUUACCGGCAAAUAUUGUUUGGCGUCUAUACCUUUGGGAAAUCAGGGAGCAUUUGGACAGGCCGCAGCGUUGGCCAUUGGGAUGUGUUUCCCGGACACGUGUAGUUCUUCUGAUGCAACGGCUUUGGCAAAAACACUGGUGAGCUUGAUAGAUGUGAAUGCAACGUCACGUGUACAGGUCAUGUGUCAAGAAAAGUCUCUGGAAUAUACUGGAAAAGCUAUAGCAGUCAUGAAAGAAGUGAAUCUUAAUAUUAUUUAAAUAUUGGUGUGAAAAAA